AUGGGAUUUGGGAGCAGCCUCGGAUCUUUUGAUCCCGGCUCUGAUGCGGAGGAUGAGUGGUGCCGAGGUGACAGGUCUGCGCCGGGGGAGGCAGGCGGACGGAGGAGGAAGGCCUUUGAUGUAAUCCUGGAUCUCUCUGGGGAAGGCUACCGAGACACAAUUGGAGAUGAACACUUUCAUUUGGAAGUGGCUUUGCCUCCAGAGAAGACAGAUGGAGUUUGCAGUGGAGAUGAAAAGAAACUGGAAAAAGAAUGUGACACACGCACAGGUUCCAAGAAGCAACUAAAAUUUGAAGAAUUGCAAUGUGAUGUGUCUGUAGAGGAAGAUAACAGGCAAGAGUGGACCUUCACACUGUAUGACUUUGAUAACAACGGAAGAGUCACCCGCGAGGAUAUUACCAGCUUGCUUCAUACCAUCUAUGAGGUAGUUGAUGCAUCAGUAAACCAUUCACCUAGUUCCAGCAAAACCCUGAGAGUGAAACUCACUGUGGCACCAGACAGCAGCCAGAAGAAAAAGAGCAUCUUGUUAAAUCACUCUGAUUUGCAGAGCGCCAGGCACAGAGCUGAAAGCAAAGCCAACGAAGAAGGAAGAAGCUCUGAAAAGAAGCAGCGAGCUUCUGUCAGGGGAAAGAACAGUCAGUUCAGGCCUAUCAACGGGUGCUACCGUCACUGUGUUGAUGAGAACAUUGAAAGGAGAAACCACUAUUUGGAUCUUGCAGGAAUAGAAAACUACACAUCAAAGUUUGGGCCAGGAUCUCCUCCAGCAGCUCAAAAGCAUGAUCCACCGAGCAGAGUUGUGAAUCAGACUCGAUCCCGUUCUCAUGAACCUGAAACCUUCCAUGCUCACCAUCGGAAAUCCCAAGUGGUGGAUCCAAGCUACGUCAAUUUGGCUGAGAGUUCAUACGCCAAGAUCGCAGAAAUCCAACAGAGGCUGCGGAACCAGGACUCAAACAAGCACUUUGUGAGGUCUCCCAAGACCCAGGGCAAAAAUGUUGCUUCUGGGCAUCCUGGAAGGGCAGUAAGAAACAAACCUUUUCAAGGGGCGCCCAUGCCCGUGGCUUCCCCAAGUGCACGGGUGGGCCAGAAUCUUCCUUACCUCCCCUUGCAGUCUCAACAGGUUCACAAGAAGCACAAGCAGAGGGCAAAGGAGAAUCACCAAAUGUGCAAAACCUUCCCAUCUCCAGGGACAGUUGUGGAAAAGGAACAUGUGAGAGAUCUGCCCACAGUCAUAUUAUAUGAAGGCCAAGUUGGACAAAUGAUACAGAGACAUGAACACCACCACCACCACGAGCACCAUCACCACUACCAUCACUUUUAUCAGACAUAAAACAGAUCCCACCAGCAUCCUCCAGGAAUCAUCCCAUAUGAAGGAAACGCAUUCUUAUGAGACCAUAAUUAAGGCAUUACUAUGGUUAAUAUUAUUGAUACUCCAUUAAUAUUCAGCUAGCAUAUAUUUUAGAGGCUCUAUGGAACUCCUGAAACUUACCCUAUUUAUAUGUUGUGGAACUGCAUAGCUUGCUUAAAAAACUUGUGGAUUGAUUUCUUUUUUUUAAGUGGCUUGUAGAACA